AUGUCGCUUCGUAGAACAGCAACGCGACGCGGCGGCCCUCCUGGGGCUGCUCCUAAGCAGAAGAAGGGCUACGAGAAUGUUGAGCAGGGGAUCAAACAGCUCUAUCCAGAGCCGGACUCAACCAGAAAGACCGAUAUGGAUAUUGUUUUUGUGCCAGGUUUAGGAGCUCAUCCUUUGCUGAGCUUCAAAUCGACUACGAGCGAUUUUAAUUGGGCCAGUGAGGAGGGCAUAGCUCGCGACUUUCCAAAUGCUAGAAUUCUUCUGUAUCACAGUGAAUCCUCAUGGACUGGUUCCAUCAAGGUGAAGCAGUUUCUUGGCAACCUGGCCCAGACUCUGCUCGAAGGAUUGAAGAUGAGUAGAGAGAACAUGGCCAUUCCUCGUCCAAUCACGUUUAUUGGGCACAGUAUGGGAGGACUUGUCAUAGCCAAGGCUAUAUGUAUCGCUGCAACGAGACAAGAUCUCUUCCCAAACAUGUUCGAAGACAUAGCCGGUUGCGCAUUCUUUGGAACACCGUUCAAGGGCGCUGAAGCAGCUUCUCUGGCAUGCAUGCUUUCCUCAGUUGGAGAGAAACUUGGCCAUGCAACAACCUCCAAACUGCUCGAGCUCAUGAGGCCAGACGACGAAAGUCUGGCUGAGCUUCGGAAGGAGUUCGUGAGACUGGUAAUCAAGACAACGCCUAAAAUCGAGCUCUGUGGUUUCUAUGAAGAGCACCCUACGACGAUUAAGGAUCUCUCUGGGAUGCCUCAGUUCUUAUCGGCUCUGAGCAUUCCGAUGCCCAAGAAGUAUGCGGAGUUUGUCACGAGAGACUCCUCCAUCUUGGAUGGUGUGAUGGAGACGAUGGGCUUAGCUGCCAAUCAUCGAGACUUGGUCAAGUUUGAUAGCUCCAAGGAUGAACGUUACACACUAGUCCGAGGACCUUUGAAACGACUUAUCAACGGCUCACAUCUGCGUGUCAAGAAUCGACACAAUGCAACAAGACGCACUGAUCCAGCCACUAUAAACCUUGCUUUACGAACUCUAGAAGGUGCACCAGUCCAAAGCAAGAGGGAAAGCAUUGCUCAGAACACAACCACCUCCCCGUGGUUCUCUAAAGAGCCAGAGUUUCUGGGCUGGUUAGCCAAGCCUAGUGAGGGCGAGGACAGUUCGCUUGUCAAGAAGGAAGAUUGUCUCUGGGUCCGUGGCCGUGAUGGUCGCGGCAAAACAAGCGCCGCAUUAUCAGCCAUUGAAAAGAUUGAAGAGUUGACCAAGGACGAGGAGGUAUACGAAGAGGAGAUCACCGACGAACCGUACACGGGCUCAUCACGAAACUAUCUUUCUUACUUCUUCUGCGACAAGACGCCCGAUUAUGGAUCAGCUGAGAGUCUAUUGAAAGCUCUCAUUCGCCAACUUUUGGAACGGCAGGGACUUCUGGCGACGCAUGCCAAGUUUCUUCUCAAGAAGAAAGGUCGAGAAACACAGCCUCUUUUGACUGUUGAGAACUUAUGGCAGGUCCUUCAAGAUAUCCUCGCUGACGAUGUGUUUACUGGGGCCAGGGUGUACUUUGUCAUCAACAACAUCGAAUCCCUCUCACAAGAUGCCGUGUCUACAAACACUCUCUUAACCCUGCUCAGCUCGGAGGUUGAGCAUGACGGUACCGGAAGACGCCCGCUGGUUCGAUGGAUGAUCACAAGUGGCCAAUCUUGGGACAUUGACCGGGCUUUGAAGAGGGAUACCGUCCGACUGGUUGAUCUUGAAGACGCAAAAUAUGGAGACCAAGUCCAGCUCGAGCUUCGCAGGCACGCACAGAACAAGGUGCUGGAACUGAUCGAGCAUAAGAAGUAUAGCAGAGCUCUUGCAUACUUUGCUAGCAGUGUUAUUGGCAAGCGGGCUCAAAACACGCAGUGGAUUGACAUUACAUGUGACCAUCUCGAGGAGCUUCCUCAGCAUCAGAAUGACCUCCAAGUCCGUCGUCUUCUCGAAGUCAUCCCACAAGAAUUAGACGCUCUGCUCACUUCUGCAUGGAAACAAGUGUUUGACAACAACCGGGGUAAGGCCGGGGAGAUCAAGGAAAUGCUUCGUGUUUUGGUCCUUACUUAUCAAGAUCCAACUGAGGCUGAGCUUGGUCUUCUUGCUGGUCUUGACUCUUCACCAGCGGAAGUUUCAGAGCUACAUGAUCUGAUCCAGAAGUGUAGACCAUUAAUCGUACUGAAAGAAAAUGGCCUCCAAGAGAAGACGGUGUGCUUUACUGAGCCAGUGGUCAAGACCCAUCUUCUUGAGCAUGCACACAUGCUGCUUGGUCUCACCAGCGAAGAUAUCAAGCUACAGCAUGGUAUUCUGGGUUUCCGAGCGUUCAGUCAUAUUCUAGAGACCUUUGACUUUCCGCUUUCCGAUGUUCCUCAGCAAAUAGACGGAGCGGUGGGUGAGGUUGCUGGUGCUAUAGAAGCCAGCCCAAAUAACGGAGAGAGUGUUGCCUCGGGAGAACCAGAAGCAAACGACCAAGAAGUUAUCCAGAAAGAGGAUGAAGAGGAAUCCGAAAAUGAAUCUCAGAACGACGAUGAGUCUCAAAACGACAACGCCUCUGUCGCCUCGGAGGAGUCAAGUGAUGAGGAAGAUGAAGAAGAAGAGGUGGAUGAAGACCCUGAAGCGCCAUAUCUCAAGGACAUAGCACUGGCCUAUGCUGUUACACACUGGCUAUCUCACGCCAGCCAAGCGACUGCUGAUCUUGCAGAAGCGCUGAGCCUGGAGGAAAAGUUCUGGCAGGCGGAUUCCAUUAUUCGACGUCGUUGGUUGACUGAACACAACCGACUUACCGGCUCCUUUGCUUACUAUGCUCGGGAGAAGUUGACAGGACUUCAUGUUGCUGCUACGAUUGGAUUUAGAGACCUAGUCGCGGCUUUGAUGGAUCAUGGUUUUGAUGAGGACAAAAACGCGAUGGACUCAGACUAUAACACUCCGCUGCAUUAUGCAGCCGCCUUUGGGCAUGAUGACAUUGCUGAGGAGCUUCUUGACAGAGGAGCCAAUAUCGACGAAGGCAUCAAGGGCAAUCUUAUAACUCCUUUGCACAGAGCAGCAGCCGAAGGAAACGUCAAGGUUAUGAGUAAGCUACUACAACGGGGAGCGAAUCCGAAUGCUAGCUGCGGUGCGUACGGAGGUGUAAUCUGUGCGGCUAUUCAGUCUGGAAACACUGAAGCCGUCAAGCUUCUGGUAACUCAUAAUGUCUCGCUCGUCACUCAGGAUGAUGAAGAUGAAGACGACAAGGCUGAGGGGGAGAAUGACGAGGGAGAGGCUAACGACGAGGAAGCUACGAAUAACGAUGCGGGUGAGGAGAGUGACAAGGACGAGGGUUCAGAGUCGGGCUCAGAUUCCGACUCUGACUCCGAUGAAGAGGAGGAGGUCAUUACAUCACCUUUGGCUCUAGCAGCUAUGAGGGCUGACCUUGCAGUGUUCGAGUUUCUGAUCAAGGAGUAUUCCGACAAACUACCUGCUGAAGAGUUCGGCAUCGCCCUUGUCAAAGCAGCAGAAUACGGUCGAUUUGAAGCUUUCUCGCGGCUAUUCCAUGACUUUGAACACAACCAGCAGUUCAAACAGGACGCCCUCGAUGGAGCAUCUUUUGGGGACCAUUGGGCGAUCGUCUCGUUGAUCCUGGAUCAUUGUCCUGGCUUGAACUGUGACAAAACCUUCCUACAAACCGCGCAGGGAGAAGAUGGCGAUGACGAGAUUCGUAUCUUGGGAGCUAUGUGGGAGUAUUCACAGGGUAAUAUCUCGCCUGAGGCGCUGGAUGAGUCCUUGUAUGAAGCCACAGACUUUGAGAAUCAGAGGACGGUGGAGUUGCUAUUGAGAUAUGGAGCCAACGCGAAUGCCACUGGCGAACUAUACGGGAAUGCCUUGACAGCGGCUUCUUUUGACGGCACCAUCGAGAUAAUCAAGCUGCUUCUCGAUGCUGGUGCUAAUAUCAACUCCGCAGACGGAUGGGCUCUCCAGACUGCUGCGGACCAAGGUCAUGUCGAAGUUGUCAACCUUCUCUUGGAGCGUGGGGCCAACGUCAACGCAACUACGACCAAUGCCAACAUGCCCAAGUGUACCGCUUUGCAGGCGGCCGUUGAGUCUGGCAAAGGAGAUAUUGUCGAUAUUCUCCUCGAGCAUGGCGCUGAUCCUAACCUUGGAGGAGGCGAGUUCUCUCAUCCCAUCAUCGCUGCGGCAAGCAAAGGUGAAGAAGCUAUCUUCAAGAAGCUGCUGGGAGCCAAGGCAGAUGUGACGGUUGUCGGAGGAGAGUAUAACUCGACUCCUCUGACAUAUACAGCGAUAUAUCUUCCUCUUGACUCGAUUCGCCUGUUGUUGGACGCAGGUGCCGAUAUCAAUCAUGCUGAUAACGAAGGAGACACUGCACUUAUCCUCACAGCAUGGAGCGGUGAUCAUGAAUCUGUUCAGUUCCUGCUUGAUCGUGGGGCUGAUGUAUUGGUCAGGAACAAGGCAGGUCUCAAUGCAUUGCAAAAGGCCCUUGAGGCGGGCAGAGAAGAAUGCGUCAAAAUCCUGACUAACCACAUAUCGGACAUAAUGGAGGCAAUCAGGGUUGCGAUGGUUUCUGGCGAUGCUUCCAUCACUGCAGUGAUUCGAAGCGUGCAGAACCAGAAGCAGGAGCUCAACUACGAUGACCCGAAGCCGAUGCAAGAGGAGAGUAGGAGAAGUUCAAUCUACGAACCAGAAUCGCCUGAGGCCCAAACUCAGAGAGCUGUUCCAUCUGUCAGUUUUGCUUCUGAGAAGAUCGUGGCGGAUGAUACCCCGAGUCACCAUAUCGCAUCACCGAUAGCUAGACCAUCUAUCACGCCAUCUGGCCCUUCAUCCAACUCUUUCGCAGACCUAUACAGCCCUGCCCAAGACAUCCUCGACUUUAGCCCAAAUCCACUGUACAAGCGUCAGUCUGAGCUGAUCACACCGACAAACGAACAGUCGAAGGGGCCUAUAAGAAGGAAACCUAUCACGGGUGCCAAGCCUGCUAUGUACAGACCGUACCAACCCGGCGGAGGUGGAGAGAACGUGCGACACUCGACUCCUCCCGGAUCAUUGGCGAAUGCAUUCCAGGCGUAUCAACCGAUGCAGCAACAGACUCCUCCACCGGAGAAUCUUCCCUCGCUUUCACCCCCGGAGACGUAUACGCCGCCGAGCCAGACUACACCUGAUCCUGGUUUUGUGCCUUACGCGCCACCUGGACCUGCGAACUACGGACAGCAGAAUCAAGAGCCGGUGAGAAAGUCAUCGCGGUCGUCGUUUAUGGGCAUGAAGGUUCCAUGGGCAGAUGGCCGGUUCAGCUAG